UCCACCUCUGAGGCCCUCGUGCAGCCCGCCAGCCACCAUGAGGACCUGCCUUUUCCUGCUGAUGUUCUGCUUGCUGUUCUCCCAAGUGGCCCCAGGCAUCACUCUUGGCCACAGAUCUGACCAUUACAUGUGCAUCAAGAAUAAAGGGAUCUGCCUGUACUCUGCCUGCCCACUUUACACCAAAAUCAUCGGCACCUGUUACGGCGGCAAGGCCAAGUGCUGCAGGUGAGCUGGAACGGCCAGGAGAAAGAACAAGGACGCCGAGCAUACUAUUUGUAACCAUCAUUUUAAUAAAAGAAGACUUUU